AUGUUUGGGACUGGCCAAAACGCCUUUGGUGGGCAGCAGCCGCCCCAGCAGCCGCAGCAGCAGCAGCAGCAGCAAACACCAAUGCAGGGACCUGGGUCGGGCCUGCUUGGGCUGCAGGGCGCGCCUGGCAAUGCCGCCAACUCUCCUGCAGGCUUUGUCAACAACAUGAUGGGCAAUCCGGCCAUGAUGAACAUGAUGGGUGUCAACAUGGGCGGGCCUGGGGGCGUAGGACCCGGCGAUCAGAGUAGUGGCGCCAUGGGCGGCGGCGGUCAGGACCCGUCUUCCAACGGCUUCAGCUUCAACGCGUCUUCGCUCAAUCCGCAGAUGCAGGCCCUCCUACAGCAGCAGGUGCUCCUCAUGCAACGUCAGCAAGCCGGACAGCAGCAACAGCAGCAGCAACAGCUUCAGCCCCAGUCGCAGCAACAGCCCCAGCAACAGCAGCAGCUUCCACAAGGGCAGACGCACAUGAGAUGGCCCUCGUCCUCCAACCAGGGCGUCCAGCAGCAGGCGACUCCCUUCAGCCAGCCCUUCAAUCCGUUUCAAAUGUCGAAUCCAGGCCAGGGAGCGGGGAUAUUCAAUGCCAUGGGACAGGGCCAGCCGUCGCAACAGCAGCAGCAGCAGCAGAUGAGGAUGUCACAAGCCAAUCCUUUUAGCGCCAUGCCUCAGAGCUCGUCGGCGAUGGACCCGCAGGCAAUCUUAGCUGCCGCUGCCGCCGCAAACGCUGGCAACCCAGGCAUGAUGGUAGACCCCAGCAGCCUGCUCCAGGGUAUGCAGAAUAUGCAGCAACCACAGCAGCAGCAGCAAAACAACAAUGCGUUUGGGGCAGCAGCAGCAGGAGUGUUUCCUGGCGUCGCGCCAAAUGGAAUCCCACCAUACAUGCAACAGAACCUGGCCAAUCAGCCGCAGCUCGGGUCACCUCAUACUGCUCAGGCGGCGUCGCCUGCCCCGUCAAAAGCGUCGAGCCAGAGCACACCCCAUACGGAGCCAAAGCAGAAGGGUAGGCCAAAGGGAAGCACAAAGAAGAAAAAGGAGGAGGCGCGACUGCUGGAGCAACAACGGCAACAGCAACAAGCGCAGCAGAGGCAACAGCAGCAACAGCAGCAGCAGCAACAGCAGCAGCAGCAAGCUCAAGCAGCAGCAGCAGCGGCGGCGGCUGCGGCGGCGGCAUCUCCAGCGGCUGCUAUGCAUACUCCAACAACUUCGCAUGCCAUGGCUUCGCACGGCUCUCCAAGCGUAGUUGGUCCUCAUCCGCCAGGCGCCAUCCAGUCGCUCAAUGAGCAGGAAAGACAACGGAGCCACACGAGAAGCCCCAGUGUGUCGAUGGGUCUAGGCCAGCAGCAUCCUCCACCACAGAGCCCGUUCAGCAUGCCGAGCAACAAUCAGACGGGCGCGCCCAUUGGCUGGGCACCCUCGCUGAGUGCCCAACAACAGCAGCAGCUCCUCGGCCAAGCAUUGCAGGCUUCCAAGGCGCGAAAUAGCCAGGGGAACAGCGUCAGUCCGGCGCAGAUCCUCAUGCAAAUGGGCUACGUCUACGUCAAGGCAAACGUGCUGCCUAACAAUGGCCAAGGGGCGGGCGUGCCCGGUGGGGGAGCCGUUCUGAGUAUCGGCGAGGCCAAGCAGAUCGGCUUGGUCGCUCCUCAAGCUGGCCCGUCUUCUGGCCCUUCUCAGCCACCGCACAUGCCCCAGGUGGCGCCGAGCACGCCUGUUAACCAGGCUGCCAUGCCACCACCUCAGCACACGACCGGCUAUCGACCCUCGCCUUCGGCUCCAGGGAUGGCCUCCUCGCCUUCGCAGCCGGGCGGCAUCCCACCCUCCUCACCGGCCAGUGCGAUGCUAGCGCAUGCCGCAGGAAGCCCUUCGACGGUUGGUCAGGCCAACUAUCCUGGCGCCUUUGGAAGGACCAGACAGGCGAGCGUGACCCAGGCCACAAGGCCCGACUCUCGCUCAGGACGGCCACCCACAAGCGACGGGCAAAGCUUUUCUCCCUUUGCGCAGCCCACUUCUUCGACUCCGAAUCAGGUACCCGCGCAGCUCCCGCAGGCCCUACCGGUACCUCCUCUCGCUCAAACAUCUAACGCAUCGAAUUCGGCUCCGCAGGCAGCGCCCUUUGGCCCUUCUGCCGUUGCUGGUCCGAGCAAUAAUGGCCCAAGCUCCACUGCAAGCACAUUAGCAGUGACAAGCGCGCUGCUCCCACCAAUCAACGGAGGACCAUUGCCCAAGAAGACGACUUCAGGGUUCGACGUGGCCGAAUACAAUACGCGGCUGACCGCUCUGCCUUCAAGCGACGCCUUGACUGCCGACGGCAAAGGCUACCAGCUGGCCGAGGAGUUCAAACCUUUGAGCGACGAGGAGCAAAAGGAGCUGCACGAGAUCAUGCGAAAGGAUGGCGAGUACACCAAGCUGAUCAACGCACAAGCUGCGCGAGCGCAAAGCUUUCUGCUCGCCCGGGCCGAAGAGCUGAAGCCAUUUGGACCUGGUGCGGCCAAGCGCUUGCACUGGUGGGAGAGGAGCUCAGACGAGGAUCAGUCCCUCUUGGGCAAAGAUGGGCCGUUUGACAUCUUCAGGGUCAUCCUCCCGACGGACAAGCGCAGCGAAAAGGCUCAGCGAGGGAUUCGAAGCGCGCUGAUGCAUCACUUUGCGAUGCAUAGCAACCCUGCGACGCCCUCCUACGUCGUCUCGCGCCAUCUCAAGGCCGAUCGGCUGCGAGCGGCGAAGCUCGAGGAAGAUUUGGUCCCUGUCCGCCUCGAGAUCGAUCACGAAGGCUGGAAGCUGCGGGACACCUUCACCUGGCCUGCGCCAGAGUCGGAUCACGUCCAGUCGCUUGACCGAUUUGCGAUUAUGCUCUGCGAGGACUUUGGCUUGCCUCCUCAGCACUUUGUCGCUGCCGUCCGAGAGGCCAUCCAAGCUCAGGUCACCGAUCACUUGGCUGCACAGGCGCUCCGGCCGAAGCGCAUCAAGGGUCGAGAAGCAGGGCGAGGGCGGUUACGGGAUGGAGAGGCAAAGUGGUGGAAAAAGUGGCGGACGGCGAUAGAGGAGGCUCAAGAGGAGGGUGAGCAGGUAGCCCAACUGGGAAAGAGAUUGAGACAGGAAGAGGAGGAGAGAGGGGCAGCGGGCGGCGAUGAGGUCACCAGCAUCGCAUCACCAGAAACAGAACUGAGAAUACAGAUCAAGCUCGACAUUACGGUGGGAGCCAUGAAUCUGGUGGAUCAAUUUGAGUGGGACUUGAGCGACGAGGGAAGCUCGGCAGAAGCGUUUGCCGAUACAUUUGCAGCCGACUUGGGCCUGUCGGGCGAGUUCAAGACUGCCAUUGCGCACUCGAUUCGCGAGCAGGUUGAUGUGCACAUGCGCUCCCUCGCCUUGGUCGGCCAUCCAUUUGACGGGUCGGAUGUCCUCGACGACGAUCUGCGAAGCGCGAUGCUGCCACCCGUGGCCUCGGUCGCGCGCACAGACCAGGAGGUGGAUUCGCACACGCCUAGACUGCACCAGCUUUCGGAGGUCGAAGUCCUGCAGAUUGAACGGGAGCGCGAGAGGGAGGCACGAAGGAAGCGGAGACAGACCAGGGGCAGGCGAGGCAUCAACCUGCCCGAUCGCGAGCCUCAAAAGACACAGAGGACGCCGGCCGUCUUCGGCCUACAGAACCCCAACGCCAAUGGCGAGAAUGGCUCCUAUGCACAAGACAUUUUCGCGACCGGCGGCGCAGGGGGUCGAGGCAGCGAGCGUGGUCUUGCUGGCAUGUCAACGAGAAGAGCCGCGGCAGCGGCCGCCAAUGCCAACAUUGCGCCUGGCUCGUCGAUGGUGCACGACUUCGACUCAUCGACGCCAGGGCCAGAAGGACCAUCUUCAAAAAGGGCAAAGAUUGACAGUCAUGCCACGCACUUUCUCUUUCCCGGUGGUCUGGGUCGCGUUGGUGAUGAAGACAGCGACACCGACGGCGGAAGCGCAGACCGAGGGCCGAAGUUUGCGCCGAAGAACUCACGCGAAGGCGACACUGCAUUGCUGGGCAGCGCAGCGGCCAACAGGCGAGGCAAGACCCCGGAAGGAGCAAAGGAACUGGGAGGCGGUUCGAGCCACCGCCCGACUCCUACAGUGCCGGCUUCGUCGAGGCCAUGGAACAUGCAAAGGCCCGAGGACGCCAUCGGGCAGCACCCCAACUUCCACGACGGCGCAUGGUAUUGCUCGAAUUGUGGCGUGCCUGGCUCUCUCGACACGGGCCGACGCAAGGGUCCGUUGGGAGACAAGUCCCUUUGCGGGCCUUGCGGCAAGUUUUACCAUCGACACCGCAAGUCUCGACCGGUGGAGUACACGCGAGAUUUGAACCAUCACAUGCGACAGCAGCAGGCUAGACCUUCGGCAAACCACCACUGGGAAGCGGACGAAGCAACUUCGACGGCCAAUACACCAGCCCAGAACAGCGGCCUCAGUGCAUCGAACGACAGUCAAAUGACGCACGGUGAUGCGAAGCCGUCAGGGGGCUUGGCACCCAAAGAGGAGCCAUCGUUCCCUACGACAAGAGGCAAUUCGCCCGAGCUUCCGUUCCAACAGGUUGGUUCGCCUGAGGAUUCGGACGAGUCGAGGCCACCAAGUCCCGGAGGAAGAUUGGCGCCUUCGUCUGUCAGGAGCAGCCGAUCGCCUAGCAAGAAGCCAGAGCUUAAACGGUCAAUCUCUCCGUCGAAGCCUGGUGCUGGUGCCUUGGAGAAUGGCGCAUCUCGUCAGUCUCCUUCGGUUGGUGCUGCUUCGACGACAGCAUCUGCCUCGGCAGCUGCUGCUCAAGCGGCCGCCACCGCGGCAACGACGAGAGCAACGACCAUGACCCCGGCGGCCGCUGCAAGCGCGCCAGAUUGGCUCACACAAGCUUGCACUGCCCUUCGCCUUCGUUUCCCUCUGGACCGUUUCGAAGUCCAGCUGCGGCCGAGGCCCGCGGGCACACCCGCGCCUGCCACGCCCGAAUGGAGGGUCCGAUGCCUCGACUGCCCUGGCAAGCUCUACACGCCGGGCCCGGGCGAGACGCUGACCAACUUUGAGAUCCAUCUCAAGAAUCGCUCGCACCGUGCCAAUGUCCAAAAGGCAGUCAGCGAGGGUCGCAAGCCGUUGCAGCAGGAGUAG